AUGAAUAUAGAAUUUAUCAAAUCGUUUGCCAUUUUGAUAUUUCUUGUAAAAGAUUUUUUGCUGCAUACUGAAGGAAAGGCGCAAUCUUCAAGAGGUUCGAAGUACUUGAGAUGGUGGAAUUUCUGUAAAAAAAAGUUAAAUAAAGAAGAAGAGAGUGAUCCUUCUUUUGAGUAUGACGUGCGGUUUUCAAAAAGAAAGUUAGCCAAAAAAAGAAUAGAUUGUUUCUUAAAAAACUACAAACGAUUUGACAAUUUAAAAGGAAGGGUAUUAUUAAAAUAUAAUAAUAAUCGCAAUUUUCGUUGUAUGAAUUAUGAUGCAAAAGACAUAGUAAUUUUAGAGGGUCUUGAAGCCGUAAGAAAGAGACCUGGGAUGUAUAUAGGUAAUACAGACACGAAAGGGUUACACCAAUUGUUAUUUGAAAUUAUUGAUAAUUCGGUUGAUGAAUAUAACAACUUCGAAUGCAAUGAAAUUAAACUUGUAAUUCAUAAUGAUGAAAGUGUAACUAUAGAAGAUAAUGGAAGGGGUAUACCAUGUGAUAUCCAUGAGAAAACGAAGAAGUCAGCACUGGAAACAGUCUUGACGGUAUUACAUUCCGGUGCAAAAUUUUUCGAUGAUGACUCAGAGAUGCAAGAAGGGGAAGCACACAGAAAAAAGACAGAUGCAGAUUCUGAAGGGGGGGAAAAUAAGAACAUUCUGAUACAUGAAAGGUUAAAAGCAAAUGUAACCAAUAAGGGAAAAACUAACAACAGUGAUGGUAGUAACAAGGCAGAGGAAAAGAAGGGGAAAAUAGUAACGAAAGAAAAUCUGCAAAAAUAUAAAUACUCCUCAGGUCUGCAUGGUGUUGGUUUAUCUGUUGCUAAUGCGUUAAGCAGUUUUAUGAAAGUAAAAGUUUUCAGAAAUAAUAAAAUGUAUAGUAUAGAAUUAGAAAAAGGAAAAGUUAAAAAAGAAUUAAGUGUAUGUAACUGCCCAAUAAAUAAAAGGGGAACACAGAUACACUAUAAACCUGAUAGCACCAUUUUUAAAAAUACCAUAAAACAUAAUAGUGAAUUGAUUAAAAAUAGGAUUCACCAGUUGGCAUAUUUGAAUGACAAACUUACCUUUUAUUUUUAUGACGAAAGGAGUGCAAACGAAGCAGCUUCUGUUCCUCUGAAAGGAAUUAAAUCUAAUGAUGGAUUAAACGAUAAAAAAAAAGAUAAUGCAUGUGAUCCGAAGGACGAAACGUGUGAAACUAAUAAUGAGAACAGGAACAUGUUAAAUGGAUCCAGAAGUUAUGACAAUACUUGUGGAGGUAUAAAACCAACACAUGAAGAACCAAUUGGUGAUUACAACAAACUGAAUUUUUACAACUACGAAAUAAUAAAACAUGAGAGAGGGUUAAAUGAAUAUAUAGAAAAUUUAACAAAAAGCAAAACUAAUUUAUUUAAAGAUAGUAAUAAAGUAAUAAGUAUAACAUGCUUUCAAAAAAAUAUAUAUAUAGAUUUAAGAAUGAAAUGGUCUAUUAACCAAUAUAAUGAAAAUAUUAUCAGCUUUGUAAAUAAUGUAAAUACAAUAGAUGGUGGUACACAUGUUGAUGCACUGAAAUAUGCAAUUAGUAAAAGUGUAAAUUUUAAUAUUAAAAAAAAUGAAGCAACAAAGAAUUUUGUUAAUAUACCUGGUGAAUAUAUACGAGAAGGGUUAACAGCUAUUUUAUCCAUUAAAAUGAUAAAUCCAGAAUUUGAAGGUCAGACGAAAAGUAAGCUAGGUUCCUAUUGUUUGAAGUCAGUACUGGAAAAUAUAAUUUUUGAAAAGUUAUCCGAAAUUUUUGAUUUUGAACCAAAUUUAUUGAACACUAUUUAUAUGAAAGCAUUGCAAGCAAAAAUCAGUGAUGAAGAAGCUAAGGCAGCGAGAGAUAUGAUACGAUCAAAGAAUAGUCAACAUUAUUCAACAGUUUUACCGGGUAAGUUAGUAGACUGUAUCAGUGACGAUAUAAGCAGAAAUGAAAUUUUUAUUGUAGAAGGGGAUAGUGCUGCAGGUAGCGCAAAACAGGCACGAAAUAGAGAAAUUCAAGCUAUACUUCCUUUAAAAGGUAAAAUAUUGAAUGUGGAAAAAAUUAAAAAUAAUAAGAGGAUAUUCGAAAAUACUGAACUAAAGUCUCUUAUUACAGCUAUUGGUUUGAGUGUAAAUUGUCAUAUCAACAAGAGUACCAGAGCAAGUACUAAUAUUUUAAAUAAGGGGAAAAAAGAUAUAAAGAAAAAAUACGAUUUAAGGAGUGGCAGAAAUGACAAUAUACUGUCCAGCAGUUCGCGUAGUAGCUCUAUAUUAAACAAAAAGAAAAAUACCCUUUUUGACAGCCCCUUGAGAUAUGGGAAAAUAAUAAUUAUGACUGAUGCAGAUGUAGAUGGAGAACAUAUACGUAUAUUGCUCCUAACCUUUUUGUAUAGAUUCCAAAAGGAAAUUAUAGAAAAUGGAAAUGUGUAUGUUGCGUGCCCACCGUUGUACAAAAUUACGUAUAACAAGUUUUUCGAUGAUUCUAUAAAACAAAUUGUUACAAAACAAUUUAAUAUUACUGCAAAAAAUUCAAGAUAUAUUAUUCAUACCUAUUCAGACGAAGAAUUAAGCGCCCUAUUGGCGUUAUUGGAUAAGGACAAAGCAUCCGCUUCUUUCGAGAAGAAAAAUAGGGCGACUACAACUAGUUCUAGUACUUCCAUUACUACUACUACUGUCAGUUCUACUUUUGAGAAUGCUACUUCAAGUAUAGAGAAAGAGAUGGAUGAUAAUUAUAACCACACACCACUUUUUUCAUGUAAGCAAAUGGACGAGGAAAAAAAUGCCAAUGACAUACCCCUACUUGGACACAACAGUGGCAAUAUUAAUGAAAGUAAUACCGACGCACUCGUCAAUAAUAAAACGCUAUUUACUUUUUCGAAGAAAUAUGAGAUACAAAGAUUUAAAGGGUUAGGCGAAAUGAUGGCCGAUCAACUGUGGAAUACAACAAUGAAUCCACGAGUGAGGAAACUAAUACGGGUAACAGUGAAUGAUGCUAUAAAAGCGAAUAAUAUGAUAAAUUCCCUCAUGGGAGAGGAUUCUAAAUUGCGCAAAGAUUUUAUUCUAGAAUAUUCAAAUUCAGUAUCAGUGUAA